GAAAUGCUACUCUCAGAGAUUGGCAACAUACUAACUUUCUUCUUGCCAGAUUUGUGUGCGGGUGCAUUUGCACUUUAUGAAAACUAGACUAGAAUAAAUAGGACAUCAAUUUGGCUCGGUGUUAAAAUGUAGACCACAUUGAUGUCAGAAACCGACAGAACAGGGGGCGUUCCACUUUGUCUGCCGGCUGUCUCUCUCGACAACAUUGUUAGCUUGUUGGUUCUGAGGGUAGCCUAGUCACUCCUUGCUCACUCUUUGCUGUACUGUAAGAUCGGGGAGUCAUGGCGACUACAAGCUUCCUACGAUCCGUUACCCGGGUCUUCCCUAUGAGCAGGACCGCCCGCUCGGCAAGACUAAAACGAUCUCUAACUGUUCGAGGACAGACAGCCACUGCUGGAGGGGGGCUCUGGUUGCUCUCUGUACCUGCUGUUUGUUAUCUGGGGGGUGAGUUGUACCAGAGAUUACGGACGGCCGCAACUGUCCACGCACUCAGUCAAGUCGAAGAGGUGCUGGAACAGGCUGACUAUCUCUACAGCUGUGGGGAAACAGAGAAACUCCACCAGCUCCUGUUGCAGUACAAAAACAGCGACGAUGCAGAGUUCCUUUGGCGCCUGGCGCGGGCGUGUCGUGAUCUCGCUCUCCUGGCACACGUGGGGGCAGACCAGAAGAAGAAGCUGACCUAUGAGGCGUUAGAAUACGUCACACGGGCCCUAGAGAAGAACGACGCCUGCUUUGCUGCUCAUAAGUGGUAUGCGGUGUGCCUGAGUGAUGUUGGCGAUUACGAAGGAGUCAAAGUGAAAAUUGGGAACUCCUACAUCAUUAGAGAACAUCUGGAGAGGGCAGUACAGCUCAACCCCAAAGAUGCCACUUCUUUACACAUACUUGGCUACUGGUGCUUUGCCUUUGCGGAGCUUCCUUGGUACCAACGCAAAGUAGCGGCUAUGAUAUUUGCCUCUCCACCCACAGCCACAUUUGAGGAGGCCCUCGCCUUUUUCCAGAAAGCAGAGGAAGUGGAUCCUAACUUUUACAGCAAGAACCUGCUGAUGAUGGGCAAGGCCUACAUGAUGAUGAAGGACAAUGGGAAUGCGGUGGCAUGGCUGAUCAGGGCGCGAGAUUAUGCCCCUCACACAGAAGAAGAUAAACAGGUGCAUAAAGAGGCUGUGGAUCUUCUCAAGAAGCUCAACGUGUGAUGUAUCCCUCCUGAAGAGGAGCCUGUCCCUGCAUAAAGCGACUCGGCGCCAGUUGUUGAUUUCAGCCUGUUUCUCAUGUUACCGCCCUGUAAAUCUGCCUUAAUGUUUUCUGUCCCAAAGUGAUGAAUGGUUUACAAACUUCCCUUAACUUUUGAAAUGAAAUAAAAUAGUAAUUUUGUAA